GUCUACUUGCACUAAAGCCUCCAAAGAGGAUUAUUUUCAUUCUAGUGGUAAUGUUUGUGUGAGAGUUUCUCUCAAAAAUUAGAGUUGUGUCAGAAUAUAUGGAAUUGAAUAUGUUCAAAAUUAAAUUAAUGAUAAAAAUGACAAUUUUCAUAAUGUAGUUGCACCAAAAUGCCCUAAGGCAAAUCUUCUCUGAUAGUAUACUAAGAGUUUAUAUAAUUGAUUCAGUUAGUUGAAGAGGGAGUAUAAUGGAUUAAUGAGGCAUGAGAAAAGUUUGAAUAUUGAGUUAUCAAAUACACUGUAGAGAUAUACCAGUAAGGUAUACAUUGAGGUAUACUAAAUAUUAUGUAUUUUGAAUAUGUUAACAUAAACAUUGAUAACAAAGUUUUAUUCUCAGCAACAAAACUUUCGAUCUAGAAGGAGUAUAUAAUAAGUAGAAUUAUUCAGGUUAUUACAACAAAUAGCUCAGAUAGAAUGGGUUCGUGGUCUGGACAUACAUUGCCUGGAUCCUUGUUUAUUUUAUAUGGAUUGACUUGGGCAAUCAAGACAUCAUACAGAUACUUCUUCACCAGUACAAUACGCCCUAAUACAGGAAGAAGAUGUGCAAAAUUCAGGAGUGAAAUUCUUGAAGCAUUGUCAAAGAUUAUACUUGCUGGGUUUGGAUUACUGAUAGAACAACUGUUACCAUGGGAACCCUGGUUUCGUCUAACAGAAAAAACAACUAACGAGUUCACAAGAGCAAAUAACUGGUCGCAUAGUACAAUGUAUGCAUUCUUCCUGAUAUCAGGAAUUGUUGAUAUACUUGUAAUGAAGAUGCCUAAAGUAAUGCCACAUUGCAUCCAUCAUAUCUGCCAUGGACUAGCAUAUGCAAUUGAAGGAUAUUUGUUUUACUUUCACACUCAUGGACGAGAAGAAUUAGACAUUCGCGUUCAUGUAUUGCUUAUCAUUGCUAUCUGGCCAGUUAGUUUGAUACUAUUCCUAUUAGCAACAAUAGAUAAUAAUACAAAUUUUUCGAACGGUUAUGUUAUUGCUCCACAAUUGAGACAUAAGAUGAGGAAUGAUAAUAUGUUGCAAAGGGACACAACAUCCUUAUUGAAUGAUCAGAAUGAAGACAAUUCUGAUGAAAAUAUUCAACUGAGAGAGAAAUCACCAUCUAGUGGACAGUGGACAAAUUUAGCAGAUGACAAUCAGAAUUAUUACAAACAAGAAGAUAUAGUAAAAGUUCUAUCAAAUCAAAAGAAAAUCUUCACAAUGGAACUCUGCAUGGCAAUAGCUAUAAUUCUACAAGGAACAUGGUUCUGGCAGACAGCCUAUGUGCUAUAUCCACCCAAUGGAGAACCAUGGGAGCAGGGAUCUCAUAAAAACAUCGCAUUUUUAACAAUGUUCUUCGCCUGGCACUUGUUACUUGCAAUGCUAGUCGUGGCUGGAAUAUUUAUGUUUUUUGGAAUUCUCAGUUGCAAAACGAGAAGACAAUCACAAAACAGAAGUUACUUGAGUCUACGAGAUGAACUACCAUGAUUUCUUCAUAUUAUUUUAAUGGAAUUUCACUGUUACUGUAAACAUCUCAAUUAACAUGCACCUUGAAGUUCAUAGAAUGACUAACAUUGACUUACUGCUGCAAAUUAUAAAAGUUUCAAUAUUUGUCUGUAUUUAUUAUAGCUGAAGAAAUAUCGUACAUAAUUAGCAUUUGUCAAAAUGACGCUACGCCAUCAGAAAAUCUGAGUUUAAUUAAGGAUUUAAGAAUGACUUAAGCUAUAACUUCCCAGCCUCUUUUUAAAAAACUAAUAAGAUUUGACAUAAAUCGUGGUUUCAUUCUUUUCACCAAAUUGCAUCAAUUUUGAAUGUCGUUCCAGCAAUCUUACAUGUCUUCAUGGGCUGACUAAUCUUGCUUUGUUCAUUAUUUCUUCAUUUUAUACAACACUGAAAUUGAUGGGAUUGUUUUGCACAAUACUUUCUUAUUAACAUGUUAUUUCACAUUUCUUCAUUGAUUGAACACAUUACUAGCUCAUUCAGAUAUCAUUACUACAUGAACGCAAUAAUUAUUUUAUUUGUAUUGUCAUCUUUUGAUAGAGAUUCAAGUCAGUGAGUUGACAUAAGCAUUAUGGUUUACACCAGGGUUCCCAACUUUUGCCAACCGCAAAAUUGAUUUUAUUGCAAUUUCGUAUGCAUAAUAAUAUGUUGUAUUGUUUGAUCAUAAUGGGAUUUGGAAUCUACCAGUCAAAAUAGAACUAUGAAUACCUUCGUG